CCAUCUCUUUCGUCUCAACUCCUCUACUCUCUCUGAUUCUAAUUGCGAAGACUCGUGCCAGUAAAGUAAUCUCAACUUGGCUUUCAGUUCCAAGCAAACUUGAAUCACCGUUCCCCUUCGUUCUCCGAUCCACGCUGUUUCCUUCUCCUCUUCCGAAACAACCUAGGGUUCGUUCAUUCGUUCCUCCCAAUCAUGAACUGUGAAGUUUGCCAGCUCAAGGAACUGGAAGUGGAGCACUUUGAGAUACGCGAAAUCCUGCGAUGCAUAUUGCACACGGUCGUGUUUCAUCGCGCGUUGGGUCUCGUUCGUCCCAAAGAUGUUGACAUGGAACUAUUUGAUGUCACCUACGUGCAAUGCGGAGAGUUGGAGCUUGAGAAGAAAAUAGAAGAGAAGAUUGAGCAGUUCAUUUGUUGGGUGGAGAAGCAUCCUAACAAAAAGAGUCAGAUAUGCUUAUCAUUCUAUGAGGUGAAAAAUAAGCAGGUAUCUUGGUUCAGUAACAAAAUUGAACGCUUGUAUUGGGAACAGUGGUAUAUUAAUCUGAAUGUGGCCCAGCAUCAGAAGGCACACUCUAGCAAGUCUCAUCUUUCCAAAGUUGUUGAUCCCGGAGAGGGAGCACUGGAAGAUAGAAAUGCUCGAAGUGCAACACUUGAAGCAUCGCUGCGUGAGGUUUUAUUUCAAAUAAUAAAAUUUGUGAACGAGAAGAAGGACCAUGUUCCGCCAAUACCAAAUCUUGAGGGCGCUAUUUCAUUUCCCUAUGAAAUUACAAUACCUAGUUCGUCGGAUUCUGCAUUUGGGAUGGACAUGAUCAAGAGAAUGCUCCAGACUGGGCAUCCAACAAUGCUAAGUUGAUUGUUAGAGUCAGUAGAGUGGUGGUGUUUGAAGUUAAAUGGAGAUUCUUGUUCAUAUGUAUAAGCUUGAAAUCUGGUGCUGAAGAAAGCUGGUAAGGAAGGCAAUGUUCAACCUCUUUGUAAAUAAAGCUGAAUCUAUAGUAUAGUUGCAAUCCAAAAAAAAAAAUCUUUUGCAAAUAUUUCCUCUUUUUAAUCUGUCUUUCAUAUCUUGUA